AAUAGGGCAACAAAAGAAAAUUGAAACACUUUGAGUAAAAAAAAUCGAUGAAGAAACGGCGUGAAUAAUCCGGGGGCGCAACACCCCAAAAAUUUGACGUUUCUGUUUCCUGACGAUAAAUUGUUUAACAAAAAAAUUCUACGAAUAAGUUUUAUCUAUUUUUUAAACGGAUUUUGAGGAAAAAAGAGCGAAAUCAAGGCACAAGCAAUUUACAGGCUCGUAAGUAAAACUAUGAUUACGAAAUAAGAAACAAAAAUGCAAACACAAGUGUCCCGUAUUUUCAUUGACGCUCUUUUUUUCUUAUCACUAUUCAAUCAUCUUUACAAUUCUAUUUCAUCGUAACGAGCAAUAUAAAGCCGUGUUUUGGCUGAGGAACUGUAUUGUGGAGCUUGAGGAAGCGAUCGGACAAGUUGAGAAAAUUUCAAUUGAACACGUUCGUCAGGAUUCUCCGACGAAGCGAAGCACGCAGAAAUGUUUCUCGUGGCUCGAACUUCCUUGCUCGUUUGCAUUUCCCUCGCAAUAGUCGUUCGCGGACGACCCCUUUCCGAGGAUGCCAACGGCAGCGAGAAUGUCAUAUCCCCUGGGAACUCGACGAGGAGAUCUGACAUAAGCUUAAUGAUUAAUUUCAUGGAUGAAAUUGUCAAUCAAGUGAUCGACACCCUCUUCGGACGUCAGGAUGCGCCUGCCUAUAGCCCGCCAGAUGGUUACGUUCACGUUUCGAACCGUCAAAACAACGGUUCUCGCUUAAUCGUACCACAUACUAAAUGGUGCGGCGAGGGAAAUAUAGCAAAGGACGUAAACGACCUCGGACUCUUCAGGCAAACCGAUGCUUGCUGUCGGGAUCAUGACCUCUGUCAGGCCAUCAUCCUGCCAGGUAGAAGUUUUGGGCCGCUUAACAAUACCGAAACUUAUCCGCGAUUCUCGUGUUCAUGCGAACUAAAAUUUUACCAAUGUCUCAAGAAGACCGGCUCUUUUAAAUCGAACAUGGUAGGAUGGGGGUACUUCAAUAUUUGGAGGCCUAAGUGCUACGCUGAAAUGCCUCCAAUCACCGGUUGUGCAACGUACUCGGAGUAUAACGUGUUCUCCCCUAAAUGCUUACUUUACAAAGUAGACGAAAAGCGAGAUGUGAUACUCCAAUGGAUCGACACCAAAGACUGGCUCGAAUGAGAAACGAAUUUUUUCACUGCGUUUCCCUCGCUGCUGUGA